AGGGAGAAGUAGCCGAAGAGGCCACGCAAGCGGACGGACGCAAGGCCACAGCCCCAGUCCCAAGCACGCCGCCUCUCAAAGGGCGUUGGAGCAUUAAGGGUGACAUCUGGAGCUUUGGGCUCUCGCUCUGGGCCAUCGCAGAAGGCAAGUGUCCGUUCGCCCACGUGGCAGACGAUGAGGUCCUGAUUGCGGCCAGUGUGAUUGACGAGCCGGCCCCUCGGAUUUCCGAACGGUUCUCGCCGGAGUUUCGGGAUUUUAUCGAGGCGUGCUUGCGCAAAGAUCCGCAUCGACGGGACUCGGCUGACAUUCUCUUGCAGCAUCCGUUCAUACGGUCCAAGGCCUACGUGCACCUCAACGAGCGGGAACUCGAGAACGUUGCGGAUAAAGUCACCCUCUACUUCCAAACCCACCCCGCCAAGGCAUUGCUUACCCCUGUCAUGGUCCGGACAUUGGCGGAGGAGAUCCAUUUGGAUGAGCGAUACGUGGGGGAGCACCUAAGAGAGGCCCUGGCCGGUCUCCCCUAC